AUGGAACAUAAAGAAACUUUUGAAUACUACAAUGUAGAAGACGAAGAAGAUAGACUCUCUUUUUCUAAUCUUCCAACAGACAAUUAUGAGCAGAAUACGAGCCCAAGAACAGGAACUUCUUCUGCUCAAAUUGAUCAACUUUUCGAGUUCUUUACCGGAUUCACCUCCCAAUCCGACACCAAUACUGAUAUUACAUUUGGUAAAAACGAAGGAGAUUGCAAUGAGUAUGAAAAGAGAGAUUAUUUGGCCACAGUUGAAACUUCUUCUUUUCAUAAAGCUUCCAUUUACAACAACGAAAAGUACAGUUGUCCUGUCACUAAGAACAGAUCAAAUUCGACCAGGUUAUCGAAUUCUGCUCUAGAUUUUUAUCAGUCAAGGUCUUUAUCAGGAGCCUCGGAGUAUCGUGCUCAGAGGGUGAAUUUUAGUUCACUUACGUCCAUGUCGGCCAAGUCGAGAAGAAGGAUGUUCAUGUUUGGACCAGUGAAGUUUAAGCCUGAGAUGGAGCUGAGUGCCAUCAAACAACGGCAGAGCCGCCGACGGGACAAUGUGAAUAUGUUGCCGGUGGAAGGUACGGCGGUCAAUGGUGGAGCAGGCGGUGGAGGGAAGAGGAAUGGAAGUUAUUGGGGAGCUUUGAGGUCGUUGAAGGGUAGAUCCCACUUCGCCACCGUGUUGGCUAGGUCGUUUGGUUGCAAUCCAACCGUGGGCGUGGAAAAAUUACUUCCUGUGGCUAAUUAG